AUGCAGCAGCGAAACCGGCCUCGAACAGAUCUGGGACCUCAGGAAACAAAGGCCAAGGCUUUGGAUUUUUGGUUUUAUGGCCAUCGAGGAUGCGAGAGCUGUGUGGACGGGAUUAGCCGUCCUACCAGUGCAUUCAGGACACGUCUUCUCGGCUCUCACGGCUUUAACGAAGAAAACUCGCUCAGACUGAGCGAAACCAACUUAUCGGAUGAUAUGUUGGUCGACCUUUUCCCCCCUGUGGCUCCGGAUACCUCUUCCUCUGGUCAUCUGUGUCAUCCAAAUACACUGUUUGCCUUCUUCGGAGGGGAGCAACUGUUCUCUAGCUUGGUAUCCCAGUUACCACCCUUACUAGUGGAAGGAAACGGGCAGUAG